CCUUCAUUUGUUUUUCAAUUAAAGACAGACGAACUCAUUAACCCUCAACAAGAACAAUUCGAAUGUGUCUUUGACUUUUGUCAAAAACUCGAAGCUUAUUGUACAGAAUUCGUCACAAAGAACUUACAAAUUGAAAAGGAUUGGCUUAAAUUAUUACUCGCUUGUAGUUCCAACAAUUAUGAACGCUUCAUGUGGAUUCAUUUGACGUUCCAACCCGCCAAUAAUCUCAGGUUAAACUGGUCACAAGUCAAAAGAAGGCUUAUGUGCAAGUUUGAUGUUCCUGCCAGACCUGCUACCGUCUUGAGCAUCAUCUCUAAUUUUACUUUUUCACCAGACAGAGAAACGAUCGACAUGGCUAAUCGUCGU